AUUUUUUUUAAACUUUGAAUUACUUUUCGGGAGGAAUUAGUUGAGUAUUUCACGGAAUACUCGAGUAUUUUACUGUUUUCUCUUAACAAUGUAAUCGUAUUUAUCUAGAUGUCAUCGAUAUUGCAGAAUAAAAUAUCACGUUCGAGUUCCUUUCAAAUAUUACCAAAUAUUGAAGCCAAAUCUAGGGGGGGGGUGUCACCCCUCAUCCCCUUCUGUCACUAAGUUCCUGGGAAUCUAUAUAAAGUCUGAAACUGCAUAUGCAAAUACCAGCUAUCUUGAUUGAUUAUAGUAAUGCUGAAUUAACUUAAUCAUAUGAUAAUUAAUUAAUUAAAUCAUAAGAUAAAUGAUUGAUUCAGCCAUAUAACUGUAGUAUUAUUUCAUUCGCCACGACUUUUUAUUUUCACAAAUAUCGUAUCAUAGAAGCUGAAAAAAAAAUUAACUGAAUGCUUGAGACAAAUCCCCCCGCUAAUGCGCCAACUAUGGAAACCUUUAUUUGCGGCUUCCUUUUAUGGCCCUCCCCAUUUCCUAGUAAUUCGAUGUUUUCGACUCAACCGUCGAGCGCCAACAAUACUGAGGUGGACUAUAUCAUUAAUUUAUUGUUUGCAAAACAAAAUGAUUUCCACGUCUUUCUCGUCAAUUUUCCAGCCAAAGAGUUUUUCUUUGAAUUUUUAAAAUUGUUCACAAUCCAGAAAUAGAUAAACCAUGCCAAUGUAGCAACCCAUACAUUCGAGAAUCCUCUGUCAUAUUUUCUCGUUUCGUGUGAUAAUGGCAAACCUGCAGUUUACAGCGUCUUCCAUAUGUGAUGACCGUUAUUGCUAGGAUUUGACUAACUUCUACUUAGAAAUAAAUGUGCAGUAUGGGUGCCCAGUUAAGUACUUUUCACUUCCCAUGAGAGUAAGCAUUAUUUCCUGUCGAUACUGCUACGUUUAGUGGUGGCGGAGUGAUCUGCUGUACACAAGAAGAAUAUUCUGAAUCAUCAUCCAAGAUGGAGGAGAUUGAGUUUGAUGAAGAGUUAGUAUACAGAACUGUGCCAUUACUCAGUGGUAGAGAUAUUGUAAUGUUCAGCUUUAUUGUCAAAAAAUCAAUUUCGUAUUUAGACUUGCAGUUACCCCCUACAAAUCAUGUUCUUGAUGAUGAUGAUAUUUAUAAUCCCUUGUUGAGCACUUUACAAUUUGUAAAUACAGAAGAAAAAUGCAGAACACUUCUUGCUCCAAGCAGAAGUCUCCUCUAUACUCUGAAUCUUGACUUGCCUAGAGGAAGAGAAUUACCGCUAAAUGAAGGAAGACGUUUAAAACGGCGAAGUAAUACCGUGUUUGAGGAUGACAGUAGUCUCCGUCAUAUAGGAGAAAUAUACGUGUAUAAGGAACUUUAUUAUAUGUUAAUAUCUGAGUUUAUCUUCUAUGGUGCAAGUAACCUCGAUCUAGGACCUAAACUUUUCGAGUGGUUGUUUAAAUUUAAGAUUGUAAAAGAAUCUGAUUUUCAUCGACUACAUACUCGUGUAGUAGGUUCUUUCCUAAAGCACAUCUUUACGCACAAUUUUGAUUUUCGAUCGUGCAGGAAUUUUUUCAGAAAAUUCAAGUUUAAGUAUUGCUUAUCCAGGUAUGAAAAUCUGAGAUAUUUGGAAUAUUUUCUUUACAAUGCAGUGCUCAGUCGAAGAAAUUUCGAAGCAGAUCGUCCUUCUCUACAGGCUCGCACUCGUGGACAGGAUAUUAUAGAUUUUUGUUUUAAUAACACCUUUCUAAAUAUUGUUGCUAUUUUGAAGUGUAUAGAUUCUCCAAGGCUGUUUUCUUCACAUAAGGCAUACAUUUCCCAGCUUAAGAGAGUGAUUCACUUGCCCGAUGAAGUUUUACGGAGAGCAGGAACCGGGAUGAGCGAAGAAAGAAGGUGUUUGAUGCUACAAGUGCUGAUAAUUGCUGUGAAGAUCUCCAAGGGCAGCUGUAUUAUGACUUUGUGUGCUAUUUUAAACAUAUUGUGGAAUACUGUGCCAGCUCCAUUUUUAUCAGCACAAGAAAUGAAUUUCUUUUUCAGGGAACUAUUUGAACCGGAAGAAAUACGUGUUAUACAAUGGUUUUACCAUAAAAUUGUUGGCGAAUACCAUGAACGUAUUGAGCCGCGAUCCCUCAAACACUUAAGUAGAGUGGCCGUACGCAAGCAAUUAUAUACUGCAAGACGGUGGAUUCCAGUGGCAGUUUUGCGAUUAAAUAUUCCUAGAGAAUUGAAAACUUACUUAAAUCUGCACCUGGGCUUCAUUAAAUAUAAAUUCAAACCUCAAAACUUCAUUAAUACUCGGCCUGUACGUAAUUUUCAUUACGUCGUUCAAUAAAAUUGGAUGCUGUUUUUCACCUAUUGAGGAGUUCUGUGGCUGCUCCUUAUUUAUCAUCUUAAGAAUUAAUUUCGUUUUACAGUGAACUGCUUGAACUGGACGAAAUAUUUCUUAUACAAUGGUUUUACCAUAAAGUUGUUUGAGAAUUCAAUGAACUUAUUAUUUUUUUUUUAAUUGAACAUUUAUAAAACCUCCGUGCACCACAAAGUAUCACACGGGGCUUAUUGAGCCGCAAUCCUUCAAACAUUUAUAUAAAACGGCCGUACGCAAGCAAUGUAUGUCGGAAAACAAUGGAUUCCAGAUGCAGUUUUGCAAUUGGAUGUUCCUUCAGAGUUGAAGACUUAUUUAAAUAUCGGUCUGGACUAAGUUAGGUAUUCCUUCGAGCCUCAAAACUUCAUUAAUACUCGGCCUGUAUAUGGUUUACCAUAAUAUUGUGUGCUGAUUUUUACCUAUUGAGAUGUUCUAUGACUGCUUCUUAUUUAGCAUCUUUAGAAAUAAAUUUGUUUUUCAGUGGACUAUUUGAACCGGACGACAUUUAUCUCAUACAGUGGUAUUACCAUACAGUUGUUUGAGAAUUCCAUGAACUUGUUGGGCCACUAUCCCUCAAACAUUUAUGUAAAACAGUUGUACGCAAGCAAUGUAUAUCGGAAAACAGUGGAUUCCAGAUGCAGUUUUGCAAUUAGAUCUUCCUUGAAGAAUUAUGUAAUUCUUGGACUGGAAUUUGAAUGUAAUGUAUCAAUUCUGUGUGCUUUUUCACUUAUUGUGGAGCUCUGAGGCUGCUCCUAGUUUAUAAUCUCUAAAAAAAAAAAAAAAAAAAAUCUGUCAACUAUAUGAACCAGAUGAAAUAUUUAUUAUACAUUGAUUUUACCAAAAAGUUUUUAGAGAAUUCCAUGAACUUUUUUUUUUAUUGAACAUUUAUAAAACUCCCGUGCACCACAAAGUAUCACACGGGGCUUAUUGAGCCGCAAUCCUUCAAACAUUUAUAUAAAACGGCCGUACGCAAGCAAUGUAUAUCGGAAAACAGUGGAUUCCAGAUGCAGUUUUGCAAUUAGAUCUUCCUUGAAGAAUUAUGUAAUUCUCGGACUGGAAUUUGAAUGUAAUGUAUCAAUUCUGUGUGCUUUUUCACUUAUUGUGGAGCUCUGAGGCUGCUCCUAGUUUAUAAUCUCUAAAAAAAAAAAAAUCUGUUAACUAUAUGAACCAGAUGAAAUAUUUAUUAUACAUUGAUUUUACCAAAAAGUUUUUAGAGAAUUCCAUGAACUUGUUGAACCCCGACUCUUCAUACACUAUGUAGAGCGACCGUAUACAAGCAAUUGUAUAACGGAAAACAGUGGAUUCCAGAUGGAAUUUUGAAAUUGAAUAUCAUUUCAGAGUUAAAGAUUUAUUUAAAUUUCGGUCUGGAGUUUGAAUGAAUUGUAUUGUAGGAAUUUUAUUGUUAUUUUUCCACUCAUGACGUUAUUCUAAAUUGUUUUUUUUUUUUUUUUUUUUUUUUUUUUUUUUUUUUUUUUUCUGUUUGGAGAAAAAGGGUAUUUGGAAAAUAAAUCUAGUAUCACUUUGCCUUUCAGGUGUGAAAUAUAGUAAUCACUGGAUUGAUUGAAAAUGAUUUAGAGCGCUAUAGAACUAUAUAAUAUUGCAUAUUAUUACAUAUAUGAUAUUGCUGUAAUUUAUUAAUAUAUUGCAUUCUUUGUAAGUGUUUCUGGUGUGAAAUGGAGAAUGUUCAACAUUUCUGGAACAUUCUGUAUUUGUAGCAUAUAUGUUAAUAUAGGUAAGUGUUUUUGUUCUUAAUUUAAAAUUCAGUGGAAUCAUUCAUCCUUUACAAAGGAAUAUAUGCAUGUAAUCUGCUGUUCUGUGCUUUUUUUUAAUCUAAAAGAGAAAUUUAUUAAGCAUAUUAUGAUGUAUUUUAAAUUAAUUGAUAGAUACUUCUAUAUUUAAUAGUGGAAAAUUUAUUAAUCUGUUAUUGGAGCUCAUCAUUAAUUAUCUGUUACAUAAAAAAUAAAAAAAAAUUCACACUAAGUUUACUUUUUUUUCCCGAAUUUACUAAACUGAAAUCAGAGAUCUGCUUAAUCCGAGAUUAAAAAGUCUAAUGAGUGUAAGCUUUUUACGAAUUAUUUCAUGGAUAUUGUAUUUGUUGAUUUAUGUUAAAUUUCUGGAAUUAAUGGAUGCAAAAUAAUGUAAAUGAAAUUUAUACCAUGUUUACUAAAAUUUAUUCAUGUUUCAUUAUGAUUCUCUUUUUAUUCUGAUGUUACAAAAAUAAUUAUUUCAUCUUUAUUUCUGCCAUUUGCCAAAUUUUUAUAUUAAGAAGCUUUAUUUUUCUUUCCUCUUAUAAGGAGCAUUCAAACAGAAACGAACCGGAGGCCUAGGAAACCGAACGUCUGCUUUGUCAUCCUCCGGGGUAAAUCAAUCGUUUGCUCUUCAGACACAUUUUUAGGGAACAAAGAAAAAAAGAAAAAAAAGAGGCAAUCGCAGAGAAAGGGGUCUGGAUUGUAUAGAGGGUGAUGAAGUACUCAGGGCCGGCCAUCCGGGGGGUGCGGCGGAUGCUAUGCACGGGGGCCCUGAGAUUGAGGGCCUAUGGCACUCUUUCAAUUUAUUAAUUUCUGAUGCCGUUUCCAGCAGUAUAUAUUGCUUUUUUUUUUUAUUAUUAUUUUACAACGUUUAUAUUGCUUAUUUUCUGCAUCUACAAAAAGAUGGGAAAUUCUACCAACACAUUUAAACAUCACUCUUGAACCAUUAUAUGACACUCGUUGUGAAGCCAGAAUAGAUUCGAUUAAAGCAAUAUAUAUACAGUUUGAAUAAACUUGUUGUUUGUUGUUGGUUAUCCCCCUUGGAUUGAACUCCAAUUCAAACCGAGUAAGAGAGCGGUGAAAGAAGGUAGUAGCUUCUGAGAGUAAGGACCCCUGAGUAUCCGAGGGCGGAAGUCUGACUUCUAGCUCCUUUGAAGCGGAAGCGGGGUUCGAACUCGCAACCCAAGGAACGCGAUUCCAACGCCCUACCAACCAGGCUAUCCCGGCCUUAUUAAUUAAUAAUUAUAAUGAUUUAUUUCUAAAUGUAUUAACUGUGUUAAAAUUUUUCUUUACCAGUUACUAUAAUAAUAAUAAUUGCCAGUUACUAGAAUAAUAAGUACUAUGCGCUCUUUCAGCAAAUUAAAAUUAAUAAAGAAUUGUCUUUGGUCAAGCAUGUGUGCAUAAUUUGUAAAUGAAUUUGCUGUACUAAGAGUCGAAAAAGAAAUUGCAAAAAAUUGUAAUUUCUCUGAAGUAAUUAAUAAUAAAAACAAAAUCACGCAUUAAAUAAACAUAUAAUAGUAAUAUGUGUUCGUAUUUGUAGCUUUUUUUUACUUUGUAAAAAAUAUAGGGCCCUAAAUAGUAUUUUGUAGUCGGACCCCUUCAUAGAAAAGGCCGGCUCUGCAAGGACCUGCUACUUGAAUUUCUGCAUGAAUCCCAUUCCCCUACCACUUCCGUUAUCAGAAAACGAACCACACCUCUAUACUCUUCUUUUGACGCCUCUAUAUCACUGCUUACAACGUGAAUUUGACGAUUGACGUGUGCUUCUGCUAGCUUUUGUAGUCACAUGGCAUGCACCUAUGAUUCUCUAGCGGCGAGCUGUCAACUUCCGCGCUCUUGUUAGAACCACGUUUGUUACACAUACAACUAGGGAUACCGAAUAGCGGUAUUUUGAGCCAUUUGUAUAAUUUUCUAAUAACGGUAUUUACAAGUUUAAAUACCGUUUUUUCGGUAUUUACUAGAAAUUUUUUAAAUUGUCUCCACAAUACGUUCAGUAAUCGCCAACAUAGGAAAAUAGUAUACGUUUUUUUUUUUAUGUCUCCCUAACGGAGGAAAUUAAUUAGACUGUUAGUACAAAAUUGCAUUGUACAAUCAAGAGAAGUGAUAAAAUGCUGUUUGACAAUGGAUUGUAAAACCCUUCGCGCUUUUGCGAAUGCGUUAGGAUGGGUUUAAUUCGACAAAAUAGGGCUGAGAGGUAAGAUGAAAGGAGAUGUUUACAUUUAACAGUGAAGACUCGCGGUUUUAUGAGACGUCAACAUUACAGAUAAUUAGUAAUACAAAAGGAAAAAGGUAUUAAUGCACAGUAAAAUAUUUCAGAACUAUCGUUAUUUAAUAAAAAGGGACAUAAACAUUAAAUUAUGAAGAAUAAAUGAAAAAUUUCUGUUCUUAAACUUUGUUUACUUCUAAUGUUGGAACGAUUUUUGAAACUGAGAAAUCCAAUCCAAAAAGCAAUAAUCGACUUAAACCUGCAAAUUAAUUUUUCAGAUAGUGAAUUCGACUUAAUAUCCAGAACUGUAUCAGCUCUACUUCCAAUCAAACUGACUAUUGAGGCAUUGUGUCAGAGAGAUUCUAAUUUAUUAACAGCUAAUGCAACAAUAAAUUUCAUGUUGCAGUCAUUGAAAGAACACCACACAUCACUAUAUGAAGGAUUAUAUAUUACAUUGAAAAAUCGCACAUAAAAAUGAAAAAGAAGAAAAGAGAUUAACCAAUUCAAUUCUGAUCAAGUUUAUAGUAAAUUUUCUUAAACUUUUUACACACAAAUCUAUCCACAUUCAGAGGAAUUCGGUACAGUUAUCGAAGAUUAUCAUGACACUAAUGUCAAUAGUGAAAAGGAAUUGACGCUUGAACAAAAAUUAGAAUUAGCGAUAAAUAAAAAAAAUUUCAACAAACCAAAAUACAAUGCAGAAAUCAGCUAUAUCCAAAACCAUCCCACGAUAAAUCGAUUUAUUUGAAGAUGAGGGAUUUAGAGGUAAAUACUUGGAAAAAGUACAUCGCGCAUUGCUAACAGUACCAUCAAUUAGCGUAGAUGCCGAAAGAGCGUUUUCGAUAGCUGGUAAUCUAUACUUAUAAUAAAGCUCAAUGUGUGUGUGUGUGUGUGUGUGUGUGUGUGUGUGUGUUGGCGCUCUACAGGCCAGGUCAUUUGACAUACAGCUAUCAAAUUUGGUACAUGUAUACCUUAGAGGUAGGGAAUGUGCACCUGGGGUCCCUUUUUUUGAAAUUUUAAUUAUUAAUUAAAAACUAACUUUCCCGCCAAAAGAAUCUUCCGUUUUCCCCACCGCCAACUUUUCCGCCAAAAAAAUCUUCCGUUUUCGCCACCGCCAAAUGAGUAAGGAUUCCGUUUUUUUUUUCUCCCAACAGUAAUGAGGCUAGGGUUAGUAUUUUUCGGCGGAUUAUUUCAAACGAUUCUGUUUAUUUUCUUAAUGUUUGAUGCAUUUAAAAUUAAACAUUGUUAAUUAAUCGAUCCUUCAGAUUGAUUCUGAAGUACUUUUGAAUUAAAAUAAAACAGAAUAAAGGAAAUUAAAAAUUUCUAAUCCGCCGACUGGCGUAGAAAAAAAAUCACGUAUUUGCGUUACGUAACUGGCGUUGAAAAUUCAAGCAUGAGCUUUGUGUUGACGAAUUAUUAUCAACGGAUGCGGACUGGAUUUAAAUUUGUUUUAGGUUCGUUGCGUGCUUUUGUAAUUAAAAUGUAUUUAUGUUAUUUAUAUAUUUUUUGUAUAUGCUUAUAGUUUUAAGUGCAUCGUUUUUUAAGUAGUUAUUUAAAACCUAUUUUAAACCGUCUAUUUUAAACGAUUCGUUUCAUUUUCUUAGUGUUUGAUGCAUUUAAAAGUAAACAUUGUUAAUGAAUCGAUCUGCUCAUGAUGAAUCUAAGAAAAUUUUGUUGACAAAUUCUUGAGAUAAUACGUAAAUUGAAAAAGAUAUUCUUUAGUGCCCAUAAAGUUUAAACGCUGAGUGACUCUAUUUUCAAUAAUCAGAUUAUAAAAAAAUUCUUUGUUUCAGUAAAAAAUAUUAUUAUAUUAAUUGCAGAUUAAUUCUUUCCACUUUAAUUUAAAGCAUAAAUUCUACGGGUGGUAACAGAAAAUUAGAGAGAUACAUAUUACGUUAUGACUGAAGGCCUUUAUAAUAUUAUGAGUGAAUUAUAUGACUAUCAAAAUUUGAAGUUUUAAAAUAUUUUGAUGAAGAAGCUAUUAAAGUAGGAAUUGCAUAAAAUAUUUAAAUAUAAAAAUUUUAACGAACAUUAAGAUUGGCGAACCGGCUGGUCGACAAAUUCUUGAGAUAUUACAUAAAUUAAGAAAGAUAUUUUUUAGUUCCCAGAAGGUUUAAAUGCUCAGUGACUCUGUUUUCAUUAAUCAUGUUAUUAAAAAAAUUAACAUUUAUUGACGAACACGAACACACUGAUAUUCACCGUUACUCUGAUUAGAUGUUAUAAAAUCUGAAUAGAUAAACAUAAACGUGUAAACAGCUGUGCGCCGGUUUCUAUGGCAACACAGCUGGAAAGGGAAAAGAAGUUUCUAAGCAGAACAUCUGCUUUACACAAUUUUAUAGAAUAACUUUUCCCCUUUUUCGUUUCAUUUUUUUAAAAAAUUACUUAUUUAAUAAGAACACCUGCCUUACCCAAUUUUUUAGAAUAGUUUUUUUCCCCUAUUCGCUUGCUUUAAAAAAAACAUCUAUACUUAUAUAUAAAGUUCAAUGUGUGUGUAUGUGUUGGCGCUCCACAGAAAAGACCAUUUGACCUAUAGCUACCAAAUUUGGUACAUGUUUACCUUAGAGGUCGGGAAUGUGCACCUGGGGUCCCUUUUUUUGAAUUUUUAAUUAGAAUUUUAAUUAUUAAUUAAAAGCUAACUUUCUCGACAAAAAAUUAUUCGUUUUCUCUACCACCAAAUGAGUAAGAGUUCAGUUUUUUUUCCCCAACAGUAAUGAGGCUAGGCUUAAGAUUUUUCGGCUGAUUAUUUCAAAGGAUUCUGUUUAUUUUCGUAAUGUUUGAUGCAUUUAAAAUUAAACAUUGUUAAUUAAUCGAUCUUUCAGAUUAAUUCUGAAAUACUUUUGAAUUAAAAUAAAAUAAAGGAAAUAAAAAUAAUACAGAAUAAAGGAAAUAAAAAUGUCUAAUCUGCAUAGCGUUACCCCAACUGGCUUAGAAAAACUCACGCAUUUCCGUUACCAUAACUAACGUUGUAAAUUCACGCAUGCGCAUUGUGUUCUGAUUGUUGACAUGACAACCAAUAUCAACGGACGAUUUAAAUUAUUUUUAGAUUAGUUGCAUGCAUUUGUAAUUAAAGUGUAUUUAUGUUAGUUAUAUAUUUUUUGUGUAUGCUUAUAGUUUUAAGACCAUCGUCUUUUAAGUAGUUUUUUUUAACCUGUUUUCAACCGAUUAUUUUAAACGAUUCGUUUUAUUUUUAUUUUUUUUAGUGUUAGAUGCAUUUAAAAUUAAACAUUGUUAAUUAAUCAAUCUGGUCAUGAUGAAUUUGAGAAAAUUUUGUUGACAAAUUUUUGAAAUAUUACAUAAAUUAAGAAAGAUAUUCUUUAGUGCCCAUAAAGUUUAAACACUCAGUGACUGUUUUCAAUAAUCAUAUUACAAAAAAAAAUACUUUGUUUCAGUAAAAAAUAUUAUUAUAUUAAUUGCAGAUUAAUUCUUUCCACUUUAAUUUAAAGUAUAAAUUCUAUGGGAGCCAACAGAAAAUGAGAGAGAUACAUAUUACGUUAUGACUGAAGGCGUUUUUAAUAUUAUGAGUGAAUUAUAUGCCUAUCAAAAUUUGAAGUUUUAAAAUAUUUUGAUGAAGAAGCUAUUAAAGUAGGAAUUGCAUAAAAUAUUUAAUUAUGAAAAUUUUAACGAACAUUAAGAUUGGCGAACCGGCUGGUCGCCAAAGGCGGCUAGUUUUUGAAUAAAAUUACGUUGCAGCUUAAUGACAGUACAGUUAUAAAUUAUGUUUUUUUAAGAUCACAUUUGAAAAAUUUGUAAUAGUACCACAUAUUGAAUACUGAUAUUUAUACUUUUUUUGUGAUAUAAAUAAAUAAGAUGUUCCUUCACUUUUUUGUGAUUUUUUUAUAUACUGUUUUUAAAAGUUACAAAUUAUUUUUUUGUGAUAUUUACACUCUCUAAUAAAACUGGCAAAUAAAACAAAGAAACACCCAAAACCUUUCUUUUUCUAAAAUUUCUACUACCGGAAUUGAACUUUUGGUCCGAUAUUGCAAUCCCUACAUGCAACGAUGUUAAAAUUCUGUUGUUGCUUAUCCCCCUUGGAUUGAACUCCAAUUCAAAUCAAAUCAAAGAUAUCGGGGAAGGAGGGGUACAGUAGCUUGUGAGGGUAAAGACCCCUGAAUACCCGAGGGCAAAAGUCUGACUGUAGUUCAUAUGAAGAUGACACUGACACGCUCGUGUGCACAACCCCUUUUUACAGGGGGGGGGGGGUUCUUUCACUCACGUCACGGAUAGAACACAGGAACCAUGCUCGAACUCGGGACGCCCUAGCAAAGACGCGCUAUUCCUAGGCUAGGACGCCCGCUCUGUUAAAAUUCUGUUACCGGUUUGCAUUCCAGCCUCCGUCUCGUUUCUUUUGGAACGCUCCUUAUACAUUGUUUUUUCACAGAUAUAAACAAAAUAAAUGUUUUGAAUUUCUUUCUUUUUAAAUAUAUAUUGAUAAUCAUUACCAUUGAAGUUUUAAAAGUUUGUUGCUUUUUAAUGUAAAAUGCUUAAUAUACACUAAUGAUUAUUGAAGUUUUUUUUUCAUGUUUUUAUUUCUUCCUUAGAUAAGAUUUAUGAAAUUAAUAGAAAAUAAACUGUAGAAGUUGCUCUUUUUACACACAUAGACAUUAUAAUUUUUUAAAAAUACAAUAGUUGUCAAAAUGAGAAAUUGUUAAAAGUUUUAUUUGUAUAAAUUGGGAUUUUUUUCUGCAUAUUUUGCUACUCAGCUAUUUAUUAAAAAUGUAAUAACGAUUUAUAUAUGAGCAGACAUUUAAUUUAGUUUUUUUAUUUGUUCCAGUUGAAUUGGUCACAGGGAGGCAUUCUAUUCUUAUUCUAAUUCCUUAUAUGAAAAUAAGGAAUUAGAAUAUAUAAAUAUAAAUUCCUUAUAAUUAAAGUUGUUAAUUUUUUUAUAUUUAUCAUUAAUUUUCUACCUAAUUUUUUAGUACAGUGUAUAUACAUAUAUAAUAUAUAUUGUUAUCCAUCAAAACAUGCUCUUCUUGGUUGUUCAACAACUAUUUAAUAUCUCUAAAUUUAUAUAUUAUGUGUCGAUAGAUUUUUGUAUAUUGAGUAGCUUAGUCUUUAUGAAAUCAUUUUUGUGUUUUCUUGUCUUUUCUGAUAAUUGUAUUUUUUUAUUACACGAAUAAUAUUCCAUUAAGGGCCGUACUGAAAUGGUCCUAUGCUCUUGGCAGAACUGCUGGAUCUACACUUCUUCCAAUUAUGUGCUGCAUUUUUGUUACUUUUUCACCUACUUUGUAACUCCACCCCUCUCCUCCUUUUAGAAAGAAAGCUGCCUCCUGCAAUUUUUUGCUGUAUAUAUUUAGCAAAUUUUAUAAGUUGGUUGAAUAAAAAUUAUGUAACUUUAAAAAAUAUUAAAUACUUUAAUUAGCUGUAUUAUUUAAAAAAUACUAUUCAAAGGAAAUAAAUUUACUGCAAAUAAAAUGUCAUUAUUUUCCAAAAGACUGAAAAUAAAACAAAAUCAUUAUCUUACUGUUUGUAACAGCUACUGAACUCUGAUAUUUGUGUGAUGUAUAAUAAAGAUCUCUUCUUCUACCUUA